AUGCAAUUCAUAAUCAUAGUACUGUGAUAAUGACUAUGAUGAGCCCAUUCUAUGUAUGAUGGGAGAUGCACCAAUUUAAACUUUGUUCAGUUUUGAAGAUAUAUAGAUCUGACCAAAGCAAGAAGGGCUUUUACUAAGAGUAAAACAGAGGAAUAUGGAGACCACCGUGAAAAACAAGCAAGUGAUACUGAGAAAUUAUGUGAAGGGUAUCCCUAAAGAAUCUGACCUAAUGAUUAUCACAGCUUCAGACCCCGUGGAACUCAAGGUUAAGCCCGGAUCAGCGGCGGUUAUGGUGAGGAAUCUUUACUUGUCUUGUGACCCUUACAUGGGGAUUCUCAUGAGAGAACCAACUCCUUCCACUCUAGCACUUUUGGAUGCCUUCAUCCCCGGAAAGCCUAUAGCUGGAAUUGGAGUGUCUCAAGUAAUAGAUUCUGAUGAUCCAUCUUUUACGAAAGGCGAUAUGAUUUGGGGAAUUGUGAACUGGGAGGAGUUUAGUACUAUCAACCCGGCUGCUAUAUUCAAAAUCGACGUCAAUAUCAAUGUUCCUCUCAGCUACUAUACUGGAAUCCUCGGUAUGAUAGGUUUAACUGCUUACGCCGGGUUUUUCGAGAUAUGUUCACCUAAGAAAGGAGACACAGUGUUCGUGUCUGCUGCUUCUGGCGCGGUUGGACAGCUCGUGGGUCAGUUUGCAAAGUUGAUGGGCUGCUAUGUUGUUGGAAGUGCCGGAAGUAAACAAAAGGUCGAUCUCCUGCUGAACAAAUUCGGUUACGAUGAUGCAUUCAAUUAUAAGGAAGAGCCUGACCUUGACUCCGCCUUGAAGAGGUGUGUACCAAAAGGUAUUGACAUAUACUUUGAGAACGUGGGAGGCAAAAUGCUUGACGCGGUUCUACUUAACAUGAAAACGUAUGGACGAAUCGCUGUAUGUGGGAUGAUAUCUCAGUACCAUCUUGAAACCAGAGACAGGUUACAAAAUCUACCUGACAUCAUAUUCAAGAAGAUAAGGAUGCAAGGGUUUGCUUCUUAUGACUUUAUAGAUAGAUUCCCAAAGUUCUUGGAGUUUGUUCUUCCCUACAUAAAAGAAGAGAAAUUAGCGUACGUGGAAGACAUUGUUGAAGGACUCGAGAAUGGUCCUGCUGCUCUUGUAGGACUUCUUCAUGGAAAAAACGUUGGUAAGCAAGUUCUCAAGGUUGCUUGAGAGUAAAGAAAUCUAUCCAUGUAUGGAUAUAUGUAAAAUUACAAAAAAACUACCUUGUAUGUCGUAUUUUAAGGGUAUGGGUUCUAAUUGGAAUUUAUAUGAAAUAAAAGGGCAUAUAGUUAAAUUCCAUAUUUUCGUGUUUAAAUGGGCCCAAGUGAAGCGCAGCUUAAUAAUUCAA